CUCCAAUUGAGCAAUUUCAGAAAAACAUACUGAGUCAUAGUUCACUGUGUUCCUUUAGGCAAAGUCCUACCUGCUGACUUUCACUCACAUGAAAGGCUUGUCAGGUUUAGGUUUGAAAUCAUUAGGCUUUGUAAUUAAUUUGAAUAUGAUAGACGACAGCUCUGAGGUCAUGAAACAUGUAAUUCAAGUUGUGUUGUCAGGCUUUCAUUUAAUGUAGUACAGUAGGUGUCUCCUACUGUAAAUACUACCUUUAUAAAACCUAUAGUAUAUCUUGAAACGGCAACAGCUUUCUGUAGAUAAUAUUUCAUGCCUGACAUGUUUUUUCCACAAAAAUCUUUAACCACCUUGUUAAAAGUUCUUAAAAUUAUACCUUCUCUUUUUCCCUCUUUGAAAAAUUAUGAAUGUGAAAACAGCCUUCUAGGGUCAAGCUGUGCUCAUGCAUCAUUCUGCACACUGAAGGUUAAGCAUCAAAGGGAAGAAGCAAUAAUACAAAACACAUUUUGUCUCAACACCUGCACAUUGUAGCUAAGGAGGUAUUCAUUACAGUUGCUAUUGUAUUUCGUUGAAUAAUGAAGCUUUUUCUCUUUGUGUAUCUGUAUUUGAGCACUAGGCCAACACAGUGUAAACAUCUGGCUCAGCCCUGUGCCUGCCGCCUGUUGAGAGCCAUGACAGAUGGAAAGGGAGCGCAUGGCUCAAACACUUCCAUCUUUGACCGUACCGGCAGUUGUCUUCCCAAAAUAGCCUGCACUCCACGGCCUUAUAUGUGCAGGCCUCCAGCGUGUGCCUGAGAAGGCAUCAUGUAUCUAGGCCACACAAUACAGGCUGCAGGCUCAUUGUUGCUGCCUACCAGCAGGCCUAUCGCAGCCUCAGGGACGAGGCCCCUCUUUCUGUCUCGGAAAGGCUCACCAUGCAACUCAUCCAGCUCAACCGCGAAUGUCUCCUCCACCUUUUCUCCUUCCUGGACAAGGACAGCAGGAGGAGUUUGUCCCUUACCUGUCGCCGGUUGCGUGAGGUCUUCCUGGACCCACGCCUCUGGAAUCUACUCUACUUCAGCUCCCCGUGUGAACUGAGGAGGGACAACUUUGUGCUGGGACCCUCGUUGCGUUACUUGAGCAUUUGCUGGUACUCCAGCAGGGUCCUGCAAGUGUGCAACAUCGAGGACUGGCUAAAGAGCUCGUUUCAGAAGGACAUCUGCAGUAAACAUGAGAGCGUGGUCAGCACUUUCCUGGCCCAUGUCUGUCACAUGUGUCCCAACCUCCUUGAGCUAACCCUGUCUGGCUGUGGACACAUCACUGACCAGGACGUGAUCUCUGUGCUGCAGAGUUGCAGGAAGCUGCGCAUCCUCCACCUGGAGAACUGCGUCCGCAUUACCGACUGCAGCCUGGAAGGCGUGGUGGCACACGGGGAUGGCCUGGAGGAGGUGAGGGUGGACUUUUGCAGGAACAUCACUCAGACGGGGCUGCAGGCUGUCAGGGAGAAGAGGCCCGGCGUCCGGCUGAGCGCAGAGAGGAGCGCUGAUAUGAUUCCUGACAGCAAGCCUGAGGAGAUGGUGCCGCUCAGAAGGACGCUGCAGAAAGUCCUGCUGUUCUCCUGAGGGAAGUGCUCCACAUGCUUUCACUUGGACCACAGGGAAGAGCAUUUCUGUGACAUAUGGACAUUAGUUAAGGACUUGUAUGUGUUAUGCUUUUGUUCUGGUUUGUAUUUGUAUUUAAUAGAAGUGUUUUUGCACCCUUUUGAUAUCUUUCUAUGCAGCAUAUUUUGAAUAUGAAUCUUCCUUUCAAAGAUUUGCUUUUAAAGCUGUCUCCAUUCCAUGUUAUUCUAACCAAGGAGAAUUCCACAUACACUCACAACAAAGUCUUAUAUACACAAGAUGCCUUAUCAGUAAUUGUUAAUCAAUAAACACUGAAAUGGUGAGAUUAUAUGAUUUGAUUUGCCAUUGUAGGAAAUAUGCUCACUUUCUUAUCAAAAGUUAGAUGAGAAAAUUGAUAACACUCUCAUGUCUGCGUUGUAAAUAUGAAGCUACAUUGUGGACAGCCACUUAGCUUAGCCACUUUUAAAUAGUGAGCUUAAUAUGCACAGCACAAGGUUAGCUGUUUCCCCCAUUUCCAGUCUUAAUGCUAAGCUAUGCUAACUAUCUGCUUGCUCCAGCUACUUAUUUACCACAUAGAUGUGGCCGCAGUAUCAAUCAUCUCGCCUAAUAAGAAUGUGAAUAAGCAUAAUCCCCUAAAAUAGCAUAUGAUGGUUUAAUUAAAAUAUCACUUUCCCAGAGGGAAUUAUGCACACCUACACAGAACAAAAGAAACAAAAGUUGCUUGGUUGCACUGUGCUCCCUCUGUCACGGUAAGACAUGUCAGCGCUGGGAGGAAGGGUUCUCCGAGGGCAAAGUGGCCCUGUGCCUGAGCUGUGAUUGGAAUCAUGUUAUGUAAGACCGUGAGACAUAUGAAAGUAGGUUGAUUAGGGGAGUGUGUCUGUCUGUAAAUGCCAUGUGACUAUUUUGUUGCAGGCUGGGGCUGUAGGGUGCUCCCUGUCCUGCAACUGCAUCUCUGAAGAAUAGCUAUAUGUUCUCACAGAAGGUCAGCUUAAUGAAGAAUAACCUUUUUUUCUUCCUCCAUCCUACAAGGACGUGUGCUUUUAAGAUGUUGUUCUGAUGAUGAUACAGUAUGUAACAAGUUUCCUCUUGCUGUUCAAGAAAGGUCACAGAACUGUGUGUUUCUCUACUUGGUGUUUUUGUUUGUUUGUUUGUUUUACUUACUGUGAGUGUUUGUUUUUUUUACUUAUUUAUUAGCUGUAAAAUCAAAUUUCCCACAUUUUGUGAUGGACAAUAAAGUUUCUCUGAAUGUAAA